AUGGUAACUUUGAACUUCCUUUUCCCAAAAGAAGUAACUGAGGAUUUUGACCGAAAAUUUCAAAUGCAUGCAAACAGGUGCUUCCAAAAGCUUCUGUUUACAAUUAGAAGAAUUCUGCAGCUUUUAGUAGCUUUUUUUCCUUUUCUUCAAGGCAGGGAGCUGCACUGUAAUGUCAUCGGUCUGCUAAGAGAGCUAAUGGUGUGGACUGUGGGUGUUCAAUUUCUUUGGCUUACCUGUGCUCCACAAGAAUCUCAGAGCUACGCAGAAGCCCUUAACCAUCCUCCAGUAGUGCCUGACAAAACCAUCGACACUAACCCUGCUUUGCUGAGAUCCAGCACGCAGGUGGAUCCUUCCUUUCAACGCUGUUUAGUGUCCUCAUGUACAGCCUCAAGUAACAGUUCUGUGCCAGUGGGAGAAAGCUCUCUUGCUACGGAACAUUCUUGGAUUGAAAACAGCCCUAAAUCUUCCAAAUUGUUCCAGCUUUCAAUAGAAAGCAACAGGCCAACAGGAAGUUAUCAUGUGCCUUCUGAAUUUUCAAACCCUGUGCAAGAUGGUUCUCUUUUGUCUCAUUUCCAAACCCCAGGGCUGCACGUUGUCACCCUGAGCAACCUGGAGAAAUCACCAACAGAGCAACAGCCAGAACCUGCUGUCAGUAACAGUGCUCAGGCUUAUCGAAGCUACAAUGGGGCCAACGUGGGCAUUAGUUCCCCCAAAGAGGAGAAACAAGCUGCUUUCAUAGCCAACACUAGCAUCUCUCCUAAAACCAUGAGCUCAUCUGUAGAAAGUGCAGAAGACGAUGGCUUUUUGGCUCAAAACUUCCUUGCAAUGACCUCUGGACAUAUUAGUCAGAACAGUGCAGUCCAUCCAUGCCUUGGUGGGAACCUGCAUUCUCAACCACCUCUUCCAGAGAAAAAGAGGUCCUCUGAAGGGGACCGUUCUUUCGUCUCCAUCUCACCUUCUUCAAGUGGUUUCUCAAGCCCCCACAGUGGAAGCACAAUCAGCAUCCCCUUCCCAAGUGUUCUCCCAGAUUUCUCAAACACUUUAAACGCUUCCCUGGUGCCAGAAAACACAACAGAGAAACAAGUGACUGUAAAAUUUGUCCAGGACACGUCCAAGUUUUGGUAUAAACCAGAUAUUUCAAGAGAACAAGCCAUUGCUGUUCUCAAGGACAAGGAGCCUGGGUCAUUUGUUGUUCGAGACAGUCAUUCUUUCCGGGGAGCCUAUGGGCUAGCAAUAAAAGUUGCUUCACCACCUCCUUCUGUGUUGCAGAUGAACAAGAAAGUUGGAGAUUUGUCAAAUGAACUUGUAAGGCAUUUUCUGAUUGAGUGCUCUCAGAAGGGGGUUCACUUGAAAGGAUGCCCAAAUGAACCAUGCUUUGGGAGUCUGACCGCCCUGGUGUACCAGCAUUCCAUUACUCCACUGGCAUUGCCCUGUAAGCUCCUCAUCCCAAACAGAGAUCCAUUGGAAGAGAUGGCAGAAGCUUCUCCACAGACCGCUGCAAACUCAGCAACAGAACUUCUCAAACAGGGUGCAGCAUGCAAUGUUUGGUAUCUGAAUUCAGUGGAGAUGGAGUCCCUCACGGGCUACCAGGCAGUACAGAAGGCCUUGAGUCUGACGCUGAUGCAAGAUCCUUCUCCCAUCUCAACCAUUGUCCACUUCAAGGUGUCUGCACAGGGAAUCACACUGACAGAUAAUCAAAGAAAACUCUUUUUUCGGCGACAUUAUCCAGUCAACACUGUUAUUUUCUGUGCUUUGGAUCCACAGGACAGAAAAUGGAUGAAAGAUGGCCUCUCUGCAAAAGUAUUUGGGUUUGUUGCUAGGAAGCAAGGCAGUGGCACAGACAAUGUGUGCCACCUAUUUGCAGAGCAUGAUCCAGAGCAGCCUGCCAGUGCCAUUGUGAAUUUUGUGUCGAAGGUCAUGAUUGGAUCCCAGAAGAAGAUCUGACUGUUUCCCAACCUUAAUUUGAGAGCUCUUCACUGACUUCGUUUAAGAAAAGCACUGUGAUAUGGAGAAAGCCUAAUCAGCAGGAAUGUCAAUCCCAAGGAAGAGAUCAGCCUCUUGUUUGAAGAUGCCUCUGAUUUAGCGAAGCAUUAUUUGUUUCUUUUCAUUUCAAAGGACAAUGCAAAGGAAACUGGGUACCACCCAAACCUGUAGCUCAUAUCUGAAAGAAGCAUAAAUGAAAAGCUUUUCUCCUGAAGGAUUUCUAAUAUUAUUUUCACAUUUCAUCAUUUAUUUCAUUAUUUCAUCUUUUGGAUCAGAAAUACUCACUACUAGACUGUGCUGUUUUUAUGCAGAAUUCAUAUAACCUCCACAAAGAAACUUGAUGUAGUUGCAUCAGUGGUAGCUAUAGGUCCUGCAGACAUGUUUUUAAGGAGACCAUUUGCUCUUUCCUUCAUCUUUUUGGGAAUCAGUGAUGGCAACUGAACGGAGAAAGGGGAAGAUGUAUGUGACAAGAAGGCUUGUGUAAGUUGGUUUCUGAUAAGAAAAGAGCAGCAACGUGGAAGAUUGCACUGUAUUUAGCGUAAAGAAGAGUGGGCAGUUUUAAUGGGAGUGGUUCAAAACAGAAGAGACAGCAGAACAGAAAAAAAAUGGUUACAUGGAAACAUUCUGUAAUUGUAUAUUUUAUUAUUUUUUUAGUACCAAGAACUAAGGGAAGAUGUUUUAAUAAUAAUCGCAGGAUAAAAAUGAGGGAAAAGCAAAUAAAUUUUUAUAACUUAUAUUUUCGCCUGUGCCAGAUUAUUUAUAGUAAACCUCAGAUCUUGAUAUUUCAUAUGGGUAUUUGUGAAAAAAGAAUGUGGAGGUUUGCCACUCAGCACUAUUUUGUGUAAGUAGAAGCACACCUUGCUAUAGACGACAGAGUAUCCAUUUGUACUUCUGCUUUACAAUGACAGGCUAAUUCCCUUUUCCAUGUCUCUUUGCAACACUGCUCUGGCAGUAAUAUUUGUUCCCAUGUCUAAUUCUUAUGUAAUUGGGUUCUUUUUGCUCCCCUUUUUAUUGGACACCUGGGGAUUUAUUUCUGAUUUUUUUAAUCUGUAGGAAGGAUUUUUAUGGUUUAUAGUUUUUAAUAAUUCCUUGAGACAAGAAAUGCAAAAGGAAAUUGAAUUUAUUUUGUUACUCUGUCCAGUUUCUUGAGAUAUUUCUGUCAUGAUUUGUACAGCUGUCACAUCUGUAAGUAUCUCUGUGUCCCUUUCUAAACACAUCUGUAUUUUAAAUGCAUGACAGAACACUAGUUAACUUUCUAGCAAUGCUAUAUUACAGGAAAUGGAUACAAUAGGUUAGAGUGGUAAUAUUCACAAGUUAAGUCAUCUGAGGUCUACUGUGCAAUUCCUGUUCACUCCAAAAAGAGCAGUUCUAGACCUCCAUAUUAGAACUGAGGAUAAUAAAGCAACUGCAGUGUGACAGCACUAAAAUUUUUAUUGCUUCUAUUUCUUUUACGAGUUGCUGUGAAUGUUUCAUUAAUAACCUGUGGAAUAAAAUAUGAAUUCAGCAUAAUGGAUGCACGAGGCACUGGAUUAACAAGUAUCCUAGAGGAUUUAAUCCUAUUUUACUAAAUAAUGACUUAAUCGAAUGGAACAAUAUGAUAGAGCUAUGUGGUCAGAAGGUUCCACCAAUCUGAAUGGUGUUUGUCCUGUAUAAUUGGUGAUCUGACUUUUAUUAAUAGCUUUCAUCCCAAUUUUCCUUAAGUAUUGGGACCGUGAAAGCCUUAUUCAGUCACAUACCCCAAAAUAUUACCAGACUGCUUGGUUAACUAACAGUUCUGUAGUUCUGUAUACAUAACCUUAUAAGUAACCUCUCAGAAGGAGAGGGAGCAAGAAACAGAUUAGAUUUGAAAUCUAAUAUAUUGGGACCAGAAAGUGGUGAAUUAGUAACAGUAGACACUGGAUGUCAUAGAACGGUGAAGCAAUCCAAAGUAUUGUAGCUACCAUUGAAGCAACAAAAGCAAGUGCUAUUAAUUUUUACUAAAUUAUUUUCUUCUUCUGAUGCAGAAGUAUAUGGUGUAUAUGUACCAUUCAGAAAUACAUCUUUUUUAUUUUUAGGAGUUUUGAUUCUUUUGAAACACGUGGACACAAGUUCCUUUUAGUAUUCUUUUGAUGUACCAAGAAUGCAGUUACCUAAUCUGGUCAGAAAGCUGGAGUGCAGUGAAUUUCUUCAGCUGACAUCUCUAUUAGAUUGUCAGAUUUUCUGGGAGGAGAAUGUUACACAAUAAAUCUGAUGUGCUGUGAGCAUUUAAAUGAGAAGGAAUUUUUAAAAUAUUUUUUUCACUGUUUUUAGGCGAUAGUUGAAUUUGAGUGUGCCUUUUUAGACACCAAGUCUUGGCCUCUGGUCUUUUUUUUAUGAUGUAUUGUCAUUUCAAUAUGAGGCUUCACUUUUUAUUCUUUAUGCAUUCUUGUGGCCUUCUGAGUUCAGGAACAUAAGGAAUUGAAUGUUACUACUCCUGGUUGUUCAGAUUUAUUUGGUAAGUAGGAAAAAGAAAUUUCCCCAUUUCUAAGGGAGUUCUUCUACUAUAUUCAUUCCAUUGGAUGGUAUAUUGUCACAUGCUUUUGCUUUUUAAUGAAUUAAAAAUUGCACAAAGCAAAACAGUUCAUUAUGUACCAUUGUGUAUUGUAUGUAGAAGGAUAUUGACUAAACUUACGUUUGUGACAAAUACAGGAUUAAAUAGCUAAUGCAGCACUUUCUUCCGAAGGUUUUUGGUAGAUCUGUAUAUGCGGUUUCAUAACUAAUGCCAGCAAUUUGACACACAUAUUUAGCCAGGCUCCUGUUAACCUGCUUAUUAUACUUAUUAUACUAAUUAUAGUAUUAAAAUUUUACAGCACUAAACCACAAAAAAUGCUGAAAAUCAUGUUUUUAAUUAAAUGGUUUCUAUGUAUCCAACAUUAUCAUUAAAAGUGUAAUGUUCUUUUAUUUACCUACUUGUGAAAAUGUUUGCCUUUUCUUGAAACGGUAAGGCAACAGAAGGUCUCCAGUAUGUAAAUUAAUGUUCUAUAAAUUCUUUGUAUAGUCAUUUUCUCUGCUUUCCAAAUAUUGCCUUGAUUCAGAUUAUAAUAAAAUUAUGAACGUGAAAUUUCA